AGCCCCGGCGCCGCCUCUUCCCCUCGUGCUGCCCCAUGGCCACUUCCCCAGCAGAGAGCUCCAAGAAGGGGCUGGGAUUGAGGCAGAGUCACAGCAAUUCUGCUUUGGACUAUUCAGGAGACACCUUUGAGUCCUUCAGUGAGGAUGAGGAGAGCCAAGCACCUGGAUCCUGCUGUUCCACAGAGGAUUUGGAGGCAGCAGCUGUGUCAGAGGUGCUGGAAAACUCAUCACCACUGGCAGGCCAAAAUCCUGCAGGUGUGCAGAGCUCUCCUGCUCCAGAGGAGGAGUCUGAAGCAGGAGCUGCCAUAGGAAAAUGGAUUGAAGCCAUGAGAAAAGGGAUUUAUGUGAAAAAUCAAGACCCUGGGAUUAAAGCAGACAAAUCUGUCAUCACAGCUCCUGCUGGAGUUGCUGGGCUCUCCCCAGCAGAGCUGGCUGCUCUCAGGGCUUUCUGCAGCAGCAGCAUCAGCAGGAUGCAGCAGGAGCAGCCCCAGAAAUGCAGGAAGCUGCUCUGGAGCAUCCCAGCAAGGCACAGUGAGCCAGGAGAUUCCUCUGCUGUCCCUGCCCAGCUGAUGAACAGGAUCCUGCUGGGAAACACCAGGCAGGCUGUGAAACAGGUGACAGAAGCUGAAAUCCAUGAGACUUCAGCAUGUCCUGAGUGCCAGCAGAAGGAGACAGAGCUGGCCAGAGCUGCUUUUCUCAGGCACAAAAAGUCUCUGCUGGAAAGUGCUUUAAUCCAAGAGAGAUUGGAAGAACAGCUUUACUCCAGAGACAUGCUCACACUUCUGGGAGAAGCACUCAGAAGCUUUCCCAAACCUUCAGAGGAUUUGUGGCAAAGGCUGAAGGAUCAGGAAAUGAAAAACCUGAAUCAACCAUAACUGCAGUGAGUGAAGAACUGUGGGCAGUCACCUGCAGAAUUCCAGUGGUUUUGGGUCUGAGCUGCUCUGGCAGUGAUGGAUUGGAUGCUGCUUUAAUAUCCCUGCAGGUGGAACCAGAUCUGGGCUGUGACUCAGCCCUUUCUCCUUCCUCAGUGCAAAUGUUGCAAUAUUUUAUAAUCCAUCUCCAUAGGUUUCUCAAUAGUUUCCAUUAUUAAUCUGGCAAGGUAGAAGUAUUGUUGGUUUUUUUUUAUUAUUUUUUUUUGUGGGAUUGCAGAGCAGCUCCCAGCUGUUUCCAUCCAUAAGGAAAAUAAAUGAUUCUGUUUGCCAGGCCAGGGAGGUGUAAUUGCUGCAUUUCAGCUCAGUCUUUGCCCACUGUCUCAUGGAAAAUUGAAAGUGAGAGCCCCAGGUGGAGGACAAAAAGCAAAGUUAACUACAGAAAGCAGUGAAAUGAAAUGCAGUAUUUAUAGAAGGGAAAUAAUGAGGCUGUAACAGAAAUUAAUCAGCAAGACUGGGGCUGCCAAUGGGAUGAGAAAUGAUAAUAAAUUAAUCAUGGAAUCUGUUUAGGGUAGAGAGAAAAAACAACAGAUAAAACUGGAAUAAGAAUGACAAGAAAAUACUUCGGAAUUUGUUGUACUUUUUCAAGGUGAUGAAGUCAAAGGCUGGAUCUGGGGUUCAGUACACAUCCAAAUAAAAUAGAAUUGUUCUGGGAAUUUUUGGCUUAGACAGUGAAAUUGUCCUCACUGUGGCCUCCAGUGAUCCCAGAAGUGAAGUGGGGUUUGUAUUUCACAAAAUUUGUAUUUCUUCCCUCCUCUGCUCUGUGUUUAUCAGAGUCCUUGAGGGCUGUUCAGCCUCUUGUUGUCAUCCCCAGAAAACCUGGAGGGAAAUGCUGGGAUACAAACAGCAGUGACAGCAAAGUUCUGCCUUCUGCUGCUUAAAAAUCUAAAAAAUCUCUGAGUGAUUUCCCUGGGAGUGGAUCCUGAGCAGGCCAAGCCUCAGGUGGGAACCAGCCCUGAUUUACUUUAAUAAUCCAUCAGAAAUAUUCCCCUGCAGAGCAGCUGGGUAAUGAAUGAACUCUGCUUGUUCCCUCCUGUUGCUCUGCAAUCCUUACAAGUGUUGAAAUCCCUUCAAUCUCUUGGUGGACACCCCAGCUCUGCCCCUCCCUGGCUCUCUGAGCCUUUGGAAAUCUCUGCAGACACUGGGAAAAACACCCAGAAUUUCAGGAGGAGCUGUCAGGUGUGCAGGAAGCUGAAUCCUUGGAAAAAUAUCAUUUUACAGCACAGAUUUCAACCCCACAAAAAGUGAUUUCCAUGCUCAUGUUGAUAUUUUUGUUUUCAGAGCACAGGAGCUUUCUGGAGCUGCUGUCAGCAAACCUUUCUGUAAAUCCUGAGCUGUGAGGUAUUUGGGUUAUGCCUGACAGUGUUUGUCUGUGGAACAGCAUCCUGCUCACACACAGCUCUUGUUUGUUUGCAUAAAUGUUACAAACAGAGCUCAGGUAACUCCUCAGGAAAAUCAAAGCAGAUUUUGCUGAUGGCUGGUGGAUGCUUUUUCCUGCUGCUCACUACACUUGUUUCAUUCUUUUAUCAGCAAUGGCUCUGAGAUCUGAGUGUUUUUCUUCAGCAGCUCUUGGAGAUAUUCAGCGGAAUGAAUGAUCUGAGUCCUUAAAUAAUUUAUUUUCUAAUCCUGCAGUUUUUUGAGGCUGGAGAUCCAAAACUCUGCCAAGUGUGUGGGAAAGAGGAUGGGUGAUGUUUCUUCCUUUUUCCCCUUCCAGGAGCUCCUCCCUCCAGCAGCAGAUUUUUCUUUUGAUCCAAAGAAACCUCAAAACUCUGGUCAAGGAAUAUUGACUCCCUUCUGCCUGCUUUGUGCUUGCUGGGGCAUCAGAGGAGCAGGGUGGC